UUCACCAUUUUGUGUCUGUGGAGUAAAACAAGCGAGCAGAGUUUUGUGUGUUAAUUUGUAUGAUGUGUUUUUGUUUUUUUAUCUGAAGGAAAAUAAAAUAACACGCCGCGAUGUCGGAGCUGUCGAGUGGGGCGGUGUCGUAGGGUGGCCCCCGUGACCGAGGUGCGUUCGUUUGGUUCGUGAUUCUGUAAAUAACGUCUUAAGGGCGAGUAGAAAAGGAACAAGGAAGAGAAGAGGCGGAAAGGAAGAGAGAACGAAAGAAACUUAAAGAAGGAUGCCAUUGAAAAAGCAAGGGGGGCGCUCGCCCCCCUCCACAAGGACCAAAGCAGGGAAGAAACGCGUCCCUUUGGCCCAGCAGAGCACCCCCGGUGCCCAGGGGGCCCAGGAGUCUACAGGAGGGGGGAGGGAGACGGAGAGGGAGCGAGAGAAGCAGCAGUCUUCAACAGGGGCUCAGCGCAGACCGCAAGCGAGCCCAGCGGACACACAUCAUUCACAGGGCAGGACUUCCAACAGCAGAGUGCAGAGCCAGGACACAGCGGCCUCUCCCAGCAGAGGGAGCCACCAACACCAUCCGCUCCCACAGCACCUCCCCCUCUCCCCCCCCCCCCCUCCCCCUCCCCCUCCCCCUCCACAGGGCUCCAAGCUCAGAGAGGGCAAAGGGGCGAGGGCCAGGGAGAGCCAGCGCCCGCAGAGCACAGGAGGACUGGGGUUGGGAGAGGUGGAUUGUGGGACAGGGGAGCCCUCCUCUAGCAACGCCAGCAGCAGCACCAGCACCAACCCUCCCUCCAGCCGGAAAACCGCCACCUUCAAAUCCCGCGCCCCGAAAAAGAAGUACACGUUGGAGCAUUACAGGAGUGGUUUAGGAGGAGGAGAAGGAGGAGGAGAAGGAGAAGCAGGGGGUGCUGGGAAUACGGAGGCCAUGUCGGGGGGCACCUUGGAGAGUGUGGGAGCCUCUCCACUCAGAAGCAGCAGUAGUGGGGUUGCUUCUGAUGGCAGCCGGGAAGACAGCAACGGCAGCGAGGCCCAGAGUUCGAAUCUCGCCAGCUCAGGGGGGCGGGAUGGACUGGGAGAAGCCUCGGCAGCACAGCCGGAAUCAGGAAGAGAAGGGGACGCCAGGAAGACAGCGAGUCAGAGCAACGCAGAAGGAGAACCCGACAGCAUCGACGAUGACGACGACAAUAAAAAUAACAACAACAAUACUAAACAUGAUGAAGACGACAAUAAUGAUAACUACAAUGACGACGCAAACAACCAGGAGGGUAAGUGCGGUCUGCUGUCUGUACGCUCCUCCUCCACGGACACCGCCAGCGAGCACUCUGCCGACUCCGAGCUGGAGGAAGCCAACGCCAACCCUAACUGUAACCCGCCCGCCCCGAACAGCUCCACCUCAGCCAGGCUCCCCCCACACCCGCCUCUCCCUGCCAUGCACACACCCCCCUCCCAGCCCCCGCCUCUCGCCCCCUCAGAGCAGCAGUGGGAGUUCCAGCCGGGGAUCCCGUCCCAGCAGUCGCUGGCUCGGAGGAGGCAGGGUCCCCGGCGCGGGGUGGAGACGCAGGGGAGCCUCUUGCAGGGUCUGGGGGUGCAGUUCCACGGGGAACGCACACUGGCCUUCUACGAGGGCCCCCCCCUGCCGCUGCCUCCCGUUCUGGAUGAGGCCCCGCCCCCCAAUGCAGUCAUCACUGUGGGAACCAGGGUGUGCGCCCGCGAUGGCCAGAACGAGAGCCGCUUCAGGGAGGGGGUCGUCACGGAAACGAGCCCCGGACCCCCCCAGUCCUACAGGGUGCGGUUUGACAGAGCUUCCAAUAAUAAUCCUAACAAUAGGAAUAAUAACAGGAACAAUGAUAAUAAUAAUGAUGACAACGACGCCAACAGGAGUAACAGUGACCCAGGUGCAUCCGGUCAAGAGAAGGACUGGGCUUGGGUUGCCCGCUCAAGCCUAAAGCUGCUGCAAAUUCCCUGUGGGGGUAACAAGGAAAGCCCCUCCUCUUCCUCUUCAGUCACCUCGGCAGCAGCAGUAAUACUCAUGGGUCCAGGAGGGGGAGGUGUCUUAGUCGAGGAGGGCAGCAGUGAGAGACUCAGUGGGGGCCCUCCUCCUCCUCCUCCUCCUCCUCCUCGUCUGUCUUCCGCCAGCGAAACACAAACUCCGGAAGAGAUGGAGGAGGAGAAGGAGAGCUGCACUAUCAGUGCCGCCCGCGGGGUUAUAAGCGUUAACACCAAUAACAGCAGCAGCAUCAGCAAUAAUAAUAACAGUACUAGCGUUCCUGCCGGCAGCAGCGCGAUGGCCAUUGGAGACGACAGCAGCAGUAGCAGCCCUCACUUCAAACCACAGCAGCUCAGCUCUCUGCACCCCUCUCUGUCUCUCCAGCCCACUGCAGCACAGAACCAGCCCCUCCUGCUGCUCUCCGCGAGGGAGACCCAAAACAAGAACCAGCACCAGAACCAACGGCAGCAGCAUCCGCUAAUACAGAACCACACCCCUCCCGAAGACAUGGAGGUGUCCAAGAUCAGCCUGAACAUGGCCUCCCCUUUAAGGGCAGAGAGCGUGGCUUUGCUUUUGGACAGAGGAGGUGGAGGUGUGGUGGAGGAUGGGGGGGUGGAGCGGCCAGGCUCCCGGGGACCCCCUGCCUCCCUGCAGCAACAGCAUGGCUCUCAGAGACAGAUUCUUUCCCCCUCCAAGUCUGCAGGGUACCCUCCGAUGACAGGGGUUCGGGGAGGGGGAGGGGGAGUGUUGCCUUUGGUGCUGACAGGUGGCUCCUCCAAUCGAUGCCUCCUCCUCCCCGAACAGCCUUCCCCCCUCCUGCUGAGCCAGGAAAUUAUGUCGUCGUCAGCAGGAAGCGGGAGGAGCAGCGCCAACAGCAGCAGCCAAGGAGGAGGGAGCGGCUGCACCACACCGGGGGGGCUGGGAGGGGGAGGAGGAGCAGGGGCAGGAGGAGGAGGGGGGGGGAGCGGAUCUUCCUCUCGCUCUCGCACCCCUCUGACUGCGGCCCAGCAGAAAUACAAAAAGGGGGACGUGGUCUGCACCCCGAACGGCAUCCGGAAGAAGUUCAACGGGAAGCAGUGGCGCCGGCUGUGCUCCCGCGAGGGCUGCAUGAAGGAGUCCCAGCGCAGGGGGUACUGCUCCCGGCACCUCUCCAUGAGAACCAAGGAGAUGGAGAGCGGGGGGGCGGGCAGCAGCGGCCGGCUCUCCUCAGACCCCGUCUCCAGGACCGGGAGAGCCAGCAGCGAGUUUGACUGGGAGGACACGUCCCGGGACAGCAGCAGCGAGACCAGUGGCAGCAGGGCUGACUCGAGGCCCAGGCUGGCCCUACCACUCCUCCCCUCCUCCUCCUCGCAGGACCUCUCCCGUUUCGACUUCGACGAGUGCGAGGCGGCCAACAUGCUGGUUUCCCUGGGCAGCUCGCGCUCCGGCACCCCCUCCUUCUCCCCCGUCUCCAACCAGUCCCCCUUCUCCCCGGCGCCCUCCCCCUCACGCUCCCCCCUCUUCGGCUUCCGGCCAGCCAACUUCAGCCCCAUCACGGCCUCCCCUGUGAUUCAGAGGGUGUCGGGGGGGGCCAGGCACAGACAUGUGAGCGCCAGCACCCCCAAAUCAGAGGGGGCCCCGGGAUUGCACCACCACAGCGGGGCCCUCCCAGGGACAGGGCACCGGGACAGAGAGAGGCAUUCCUCAGGGAUCCUGCCCACUUUCCACACCAACCUGACCUUCACCGUCCCCAUGAGCCCUAAUAAACGCAAACUGGAAGCUGUGGGCAAUGCCCCCUCCUCCUCCCACUCCCACCCCCCUUCCUCCUCUGCAGCAGGAUUGGGAAUCUGCCUCCCGGUCCCUCUGGAAUUCCAGAAGAGCGACAGCACGGACUCUGGCGUGGAGUCUGUCUCCCACACCCCUACACUGCCCUCCACGCCGGCUGGGUUCAGGGCCAUGUCUCCAGCAGCGGCGGCGGCAGCAGCAACUGGGGGGUGCCAAGCCUCCUCCUCCUCCUCUUCCUCCCCCCUGCCCCUGCUCCUCUCCCCUCCCCCCUCGGCCCUCACCUCCGACCCCUCCCCCACGGUGCGCAGGGUCCCAGCCCUGACCCAGCAGCAGCAGCAGCAGCAGCAGUCCCAGAGAGACUCCCCAGUGAUUGUCCGCAACCCCGAUGUGCCUUUACUGCCGGCCAAAUUCGCAGAGAAGCCCCUGGACAGCAGGGCCGGCCCCCGGACAGCCAGGCCGGCGGGGGCAAGAGCCGGGAACAUUGUAGGACCACCUUUUGCUCCUCCUUCAUCAUCUUCAUCGUCUUCCUCUGUCUGCCCGUCGGUUAAAAGCGCUGGCCUCCAGAUGCCGGUCCCCAUUAACGCCUCCCACUUAGCAGCGCAGAACCAGGCAACCAACGGGUGCGUUAUAGUGGGCAGAGUCUGCUCCUCCUCCUCCUCCUCCAACUCCUCCUCAUCCUGCUCUGUCAGCCAGGCAGGCCCCUCCUCCUCCUCCUCCUCCUGCUCCGCUCUGAAUUCGGGGUUCACCCUCGGGAUCCACCUGCAGCAGCCCGUGCCUUUCCACCCCACCCCCACUGCACUGCUGCCAGUCAUCGUGCCGUCCGAGCUCUCGCACCCGGCGCCGAGGAAGGAGAUCAUCAUGGGCCGCCCCGGGACAGUUUGGACCAAUGUCGAGCCGCGCUCGGUCCCGGUCUUUCAUUGGCACUCAUUGGUGCCCUUCCUGGCUCCCAGCCAAUCUGAGUCCUCUGUCCAGUCCUCAGAGGGGCAGCAGGUUGUCAAUCAACCUCCCCCACCCAGUCAGAAUAAAGAUCCUCCCCAAUCCUGUGUGGUCCCAGUCCCAGAGCCCAGCACUACCACUGCUCCCAGUCUGGGAGGGGACCCUGAGAAGCGCCCCCCUUCCAGUACAAGCCCCAGUGAGGCCCCGCCUCGAGAGGAGCAGACCCCCCCUGCCAGAGACGGGGGGGCAGCAGGGGGGGACAGUGAAACUGAGAGCGAUGCAGACGACCCGUUCUUCUCCAGCGUGAUGCCCGAGAUACCCCUAUCUGUGCCCCCGGUGAAGAGGAGGACCCAGUCCCUCAGCGCCCUGCCCAAGGACAGGGACUGCGACAAGGAUGGCAGGAGCCCGGGCAAGAGGGAGAAGGAUCACAUCCGGCGGCCGAUGAACGCCUUCAUGAUCUUCAGCAAGCGGCAUCGUGCCCUGGUGCACCAACGCCACCCCAACCAGGACAACCGCACCGUCAGCAAGAUCCUGGGGGAGUGGUGGUACGCACUGGGGCCCAAGGAGAAGCAGAAAUACCAUGACCUCGCCUUCCAGGUAAAGGAGGCUCACUUCAAGGCACACCCUGACUGGAAGUGGUGCAACAAGGACCGCAAGAAAUCAAGCUCUGAUGUGAAGACAGUGCUGAGUGGAGCUGGGGGCGUGCCCAAAGAGAUGAGAGAGAGGAGCAUGUCAGAGACUGGAGAGCCCCUGGCUGUUUCACAGGCUGCCGCCCUGGGGGCAGAGCUGAAGGCAGGGCCCAGUGGAGUGGGUGUGGCUGAGCGGCAGGCAGGGGAGGGGCCUCCGACCCAGCUGACACGCCCCCGAGCAUUCUCACACAGUGGAGUGCACAGCCUGGAGAGAGGAGAGAGGAACACGCAGGCACUGACAGAGCUGACACAGAUGUGUGUCUCUGGCUCUCAGUACUCCGGUAUGAAGUUCUCAGCCCCGCGGCGCUCAUUCUCGCGCUCCCAGCGCGCCGCCAGCGAGGAGAUGACCAGCGACGAGGAGAGGAUGGUGAUCUGUGAGGAGGAGGGGGACGAUGAUGUCAUCGAGGACUCCUACCCGGCCGGCACCAUCGAUCUCAAGUGUAAAGAGAGAGUGACGGACAGUGAGAGCGAGGGGGAAGAGGGAGAGCACAAGAGAGUGUUUGCCCCGGUGAUCCGCUCCUCCCCUCACUCUCACUCCCUCGCUCACCCCUUCUCACACCCCCACUCUCACUCCAAGGCCGAAAACAACGCUAACAGCAAACAGCUACUUCCUGUGCACGGAGAAAUUACAUCCUCCCAGCAACAGCAGCAGCAGCAGCACAGGAAUCAGAACCUCCCACAGCCUCCCAGUCCCAGCUCCCAGCAACACCAGCACCACAGCGCUCCCAGCAACAGCUCCCCGUCCCACUGCACCUCGUUUACCACCAGUUACCAGUCUGGAAUGGGGGGAGCGUGUAAAUCGACAGGAGGAGGGCAACCCAAUUCACCAUCAUCGACAGCAACAGGCAAGCGCCCGAGCAGCAGCAGCAAUACCAACAACAACUAUAAUAACAAUAAUAAUAAUACCAAUAAUAAUAAUAGUAGCAGCAGCAGUGGCGAUGGGCUCAAGAGGAAGCGAGGGGAUCAGCAGCAGCAGCAGCAGCAGCAGCUCGGGGAGACGUCCUCGGCAGAGCCCUCCUACCCCCCUGCUCACACACCCAACAGCUUGACAGCUUCCCCCUCCCCCAGCCCUUCCUCCCAGCCCCAGCCCCAGUCAGUCAUUGCCAGCACAGUGAGCAUGCUGCCCGCACUGGUUUUCCCCCAGUCCCCCGGAGGGGUAGGGGUGGGGCGUGUUUACUCCCCAAGCCCUCUCCCCGUCCUGCCGCUCUCCCAGCAGCACUGCCUCUCUGUCAGGAUGGCCUCCACGGUGGUGACCAGCGUUGUGAAGCCCGUGAGCAGCACCCCCGUCCCCAUCGCCAGCAAGCCGGCCAGCCUGCCCUGCCCCCCGGCCGAGCUGCAGUUGUCAGGGAGGGUCUUCAACCAGCAGGGGGUGCCGGGCGGAGGGGCUGUGUCUGUCGUGUACGCAGAGAAGAGACCGCCAGCGGUGCUGGGGGCCACACAGCCCACACAGCAGAUUGUGAUCGGCCCCACCUCUGCGGGGCUACUGCCCAGGUACACCUCAUCGACCCCUCCCUUCUCCUUCGCUACCACUUCCUCUCCUUCGUCAUCCUGCUCUUCUCCUCACGCUGCUUUCUCCGUGGCUGGGGGAGGGGGCGUGCUGACCAGCCUGGUGGUGGGUGGGGGGGGUGCGAUUGGGAUUGGGGGCCCCCAGCAUGGUUUCGGGGGACCCCCCCAGGGCACGGCUGUGCAUCUCAUCGGUCCCCAUCAGCAGCCUCAGAGUUACCACAGCUCCGGCUGCGCUGUUAAUAACAGCACGGGGCUGGCCGCUGGGAAAGGCAGCAGUCUGGGCCUCAUCCAGUCCCCAGCUCAGUUUUUGUCUGCGGCGGCGCCCUCCUGUGGCCCUAAAGGGGUAACGCAGGUGCAGUACAUCCUGCCCACCCUGUCCCCAGGGGCGGUUGCCAUGGGAGGGGCCGGUAAGGCUGGCUUACCCCACCCCUCCCAGCAGCUCCCUCCCACUCACCACCACCCCCCCCAGCAGCAGCAGCAGCAGCAGCAGCCAGCCAGCAUCCACUUCACCCUGCCGGCCCCGCCCCCAGGGCCCAGCCAGGCAGCCAAUGGGAAGGCGGUUGGCGUGGUGACGGGAGCCACGCCCCCACAGCAGCAGAAUCUUGCAGCCUGCAACUCGCCAGGGAGCAGAGCUCAGUCCAUCUCCCCAGUUCUGCACCAGCCCUGUCUCUCUGGCUCGAUAGUCCAGGCCCAGGGCAAGAUACUGGUUCCUCUGGCGACUGUGCAGCCUCAGCCCCUCCCCCUCGUGGCCCCGCCCAUCUCUGUGCCGAUCCAGAAUGGGGCCCAGCCAGCCAGCAAGAUCAUUCAGAUCACUCAGGUGCCGGUUGUCCAAUCGCAGCUGGCCCCCGCAGGAGCAAUACAUGCUGGGAGCCCCUUCCCCGUCUCCAUGACGACCGCUGCAGUGAUGUCACCAGGCUCCUCCCAGCCCCAGAAGGUUCUCCUGCCCUCUGCUGCCACACGGAUCACCUAUGUGCAGUCGACGACAGGCUCCUCCCCCCAGACUGGCCCCUCCCCUGGCCCUGCCUAUGUCUCCUCCCCCCAGGGAGGUCUGGGCCUCACUGCUGCCAUCGCCCCCUCUGGUCAGACUGUGGUACAGCCUCUCCUUGCAGGUCAGACCCCUGUCCUUGCCCCAGGCCAGUCUCCCAGCUGCCCCCAGGUGCCCCCCAUUCCUCACGGUCCCGGUGUGGCGGGGCAGGUGCUGACGGCCAUCUAUCCUUCUCCUGGGGCGGGGGUUGCAGGGGGUGUGGUUCCUGUGCCGCAGAACGUGGUCUACAGGGUGUCCUCCCCUGCGCCGCACUCACAGGCACAGAUCCUGCCGAAAGUUGCGCAGACACACAAGCCAACCAACUGCACUGCCCUUCUGGGGACCUCUAGUGGCUCUGCAGUGUCACUACAGCAAGCAGGAAUGUCAAGCAGCAACACCCUGACACUGACAGGGGGCAUGUCCUCGGCCCCCAGGCCCCCCCAGAGAGUGAAAGCCACGCUGGCCUCCAUCCCGGUGGGCAGUCUGGAGAGCGGGGGGGGGGGGUCGUCUCGAGGUGGGGGCGCCACUACUGCCAGCCCCCCUGACAACAGCGGGGAGCCACAAAACCAGGACAGGUACCCCCCCAAACUGCACAAGGAGUGGGACCCUGCCGCGGAGAGAGAGGAGCGGGGCAACAGCACCGGCCCCGAGGGGCAGAUAGCAGCUGCUGGGACCUCUGCAGGGGCAAUAAGCGGAACCUGCCGGGGCAAAGAGGGGGCGACACAGCAGCAGGGUGUAUGGAGAGGCUCUGUUCCUGAGGCAGCCCCUCCCUCCUCUCCCUGCCCCUCCUCCUCUUCCUCUUCUGGCUCUGUCUCCGCAGUGGGGGGAGCAGAGACCCCCAAACUGCCCCCCCUGAGUGACCCCCCUCCUGCCAAGAAGGUGAAAGUGAGGCCACCGCCCCUCAAGAAGACAUUCGACUCUGUGGACAAGGUCCUGUCGGACGUGUAUUUCGAGGAGCGCUUCGCCGAGCUCCCCGAGUUCAAGCCGGAGGAGGUGCUCCCCUCCCCCACCCUGCAGUCUCUCGCCACCUCUCCUCGAGCCAUCCUGGGCAGCUAUCGCAAGAAACGCAAGAACUCCACUGAUCUGGACUCUUCCACGGAGGAUCCCGUCUCUCCGAAGCGGAAGAUGCGCCGCCGAUCCAGCUGCAGCUCUGAGCCGAGCACCCCCAAGAGCGCAGCCAAGUGUGAGGGAGAUAUCUUCACCUUCGACCGGCCAGGCACGGACUCUGAGGAUGUCCUGGGGGAGCUGGAGUUUGACAAGGUGCCAUACUCCUCCCUGCGUCGAACCCUGGACCAGCGCAGAGCCCUCGUCAUGCAGCUCUUCCAGGAGCAUGGCUUCUUCCCUUCAGCCCAGGCCACAGCUGCCUUCCAGGCUCGCUACUCUGAUAUCUUCCCUACGAAGGUGUGUCUGCAGCUGAAGAUCAGGGAGGUGCGGCAGAAGAUUAUGCAGACCGCCAACCCCUCAGAGCUGGUGAGCCUGGGAGCGGGGCUGGGGUCCCAGGACAUGAGCGCACCCAGCACCCCCAACCCCAACCCUGGCCCCAGCCAAACACAGACACAGGGGCCCGCGGAGAGUCACGCCACACAGGAAGCAGGGGAGACCCAGGGGGGAGCGGGGGAGACGGGCUGCACUUCCCCACAGCAACCACAGGGGGCAGCGGCAGCAGCAUCCUCCUCCCAGGAGUUGAGAUGAAGGAAAGGAGACCAGAGUGAUGGAUGGAUGGAAUGAAGGCCAGUUGCUGUAGGAAGAGAAGGAAGGAAUGAAGCAGUGUUUUUGACUUGGUUGGGAAAGACUAACCCCCCUCUCCACGUACCUGCAAACACACACACGCACAUACUCGCUUGUGUACCGAUCCCUGUAUGAGAGCAGACAAGGAAACGUCUUUGUCUUGCUAUCUUAACCCCUUCAUUCCCAAAACUUUCGUUAUACUGAAAACAAAUAAUGUUUUGUUUCUUAUUUACGUUUGCUAAAACCAUCAACCAGGUCAUUGUUUAAUACCAGAGCUCUCUCUCUCUCUCUCUCUCGAUUAUUUUGGGAUUCUGAGAGUAUUCUUUUGCUGUAUAAUGUCUAGCUUGCAUUUCAGUUUGUGUGGAGAGGUGGGGGAAACCUAUAAACGCUAGCUUCUUUGACUCCUUCCUCUGGUUGGCUCACAUGGAUGCAAGUGGGUGAGGAGCUGUACCUCCUUCACCUGCCACUGGCUGGAUUGUAACAGUGGCCCGACCUCGGAGCUCGAUUAGGCUGCAGAGGAAAGCAGUGAGAAAACGGACGCUUUGAUUGGCAGCAGGAAUUUAUUUCCUUGCUUUGGCUGGAGUGUAAACCUGCUGCACAAUCGGAACUCCUCCCUCACGGGCUGGGAAGGACAUUUUAUUUUCAUGUAAGGGACGACUGGUUGGCUGCAGUGGCUAAAGCCGUAUUCUGAUUGGUUCGGAUGAACAAUGGCUGCAACAUGGCUGGAACGCACAAGAGCUGGGGAAUGGGCUAUUCUGUCUGUGUACUGAGGGGAGGGAGAAAAACGAGUCCUGCAUGGACUAGAAUUCAACAAAGAAAGAAAAACACAGUCACAGGCAGACGAUUGCACCAGGAGGAAGAAAGGAAAAACAAUGGGACAAUUUUAAUGAAACAUUUAAUACAGAACAAGAACUUGUUUUUCUUUUUUUAAACCG